AUGGUCAACAAUACCCAUUUUGGUGGAUUUAUACUCCUUGGAUUCCCAGGGCAGCCACAGCUGGAGAUGAUCAUCUCUGGGGUUGUCUUUCUCUUCUACACCAUUGCCUUGAUGGGAAACAUGGCCAUCAUCCUGCUGCCGUUACUGGAUGAACGUCUCCAGACCCCCAUGUACUUCUUCCUUAGGAAUUUAGCCAUCUUGGAUCUCUGUUAUAUCACAAAUAUAGUCCCACAGAUGUUGGUCAAUGUCUGGGGCAAAGACAAAAAAAUCUCUUUUGGUGGCUGUGCCUUUCAACUUUUCACUGAUGUGACACUAUGCACAGUCGAAUGUAUGCUUCUGGCUGUGAUGUCUUAUGACCGAUUCAAUGCUGUCUGCAAGCCUCUGCACUACAUGACCAUUAUGAACCCCCAACUCUGUCGAACCCUGGUGGCCAUGACCUGGGGAGUUGGUGUUACUAAUUGCAUGAUACUUUCACCCUAUGCCAUGAGUCUUCCCCGAUGUGGGAACCACCAUUUGGAUCACUAUUUUUGUGAAAUAUCUGCAAUGGUGAAGAUUGCAUGUGUGGACACCACAGCCAUGGAGGAAACCUUAUUUGCAUUAUGUUUUUUUAUUUUCCUCACACCACUCCUUCUCAUUCUGGUUUCUUAUGGCUUCAUUGCUAUAGCUGUGUUGAAGAUCAAAUCUGCAGCAGGGAGACAGAAAGCAUUUGGGACCUGUUCCUCCCACCUCAUUGUGGUGUCCAUCUUCUAUGGGACUGUUAUCUACAUGUACAUCCAGCCAGGAAACAGUCCAUCUCAGGAUGAAGGUAAACUUCUCAGUAUCUUUUAUUCCAUUGUUACUCCCAGCUUGAACCCCCUGAUCUAUACACUAAGGAAUAAGGAGUUCAAGGGGGCCAUGAAGAAGCUGAUUGGAAAAGAAAAACGUUCCUUGGAAACAACAGGACACUAA